AUGAACCUGGUAGGAAGGAGCUUGGCUCUGGGCUGGAUGACUACCCUCUUGGUGGUACAGGUGUCCGGCAAGCACUCCAGGUGGGCACUGAAUGCCAAGACCCAGGCGUUAUGGGACUUGAGUCCUCAAGAGCUGGAGUAUGUACACAACUUCCUGGUGAACAGGAGAGAGCUGGAGCUGCAGUCAUCCAAGGUGCUGACGUUGGCCAAGAACUCUGUGUUUCUCAUUGAGAUGCUGAAGCCUAAGAAGUAUGAGGUACUGGAUUUCCUAGAUAACGGAUCCAUGCCACCCGUACGGGAAGCCCAUGUCCUCAUCUACUUUGGUGCCCAAGAGUAUCCAAAUGUCACUGAGUAUGCUGUGGGGCCAGUUGAACAGCCCAUGUACAUGAGAAAACUGAGCCGCAAGGGAGGCCAGGAGCUGUCAUGGGCAUCUAGACCCAUGUCCAAAGUAGAGCUGUCUGUCCUCCUCUUCCAUACUCUGAAGACAGCCACCAAGCCCUUACAAGAGAUUUUCUUUGGUAUCACUGGCUUCACACUACAAGACUGCAAUGGCAGCUGUCUGACCUUCACUAAUGUUGCCCCUCAUGCUAUGACCUUCAGAAAGCGCUGGAGCUGGUUUCUAUUGCAACGCUUGGUGAAUGGCUACUUCCUGCAGCCCACAGGGCUAGAGAUCCUUGUGGAUCAUGGGAGCAAAGAUGUCUAGGACUGGAGAGUGGAGCAGGUCUGGUAUAAUGGCAAGGUCUAUAACAGCCCAGAGGAACUGGCUCAGAAGUAUGCAGAUGGAGAAGUGGACAUAGUGGUACUCGAAGACCCACUGCCCAAGAUUUCACCACAGUACUCAACCUACAAGCCCAGUGCUGAAUUCCCCAAGCCUAUCAGCAAGGGUGGUCCUCAAGUGCUCCAGCCCAGUGCUGAAUUCCAAAUACCCAUCAGCAAGGAUGGUCCUCGAGUGCUCAAGCCCAGUGCUGAAUUCCAAAUACCCAUCAGCAAGGGUGGUCCUCGAGUGCUCAAGCCCAGUGCUGAAUUCCAAAUACCCAUCAGCAAGGGUGGUCCUCGAGUGUUCCAGCCCAGUGCUGAAUUCCAAAUACCCAUCAGCAAGGGUGGUCCUCAAGUGCUCCAGCCCAGUGCUGAAUUCCAAAUACCCAUCAGCAAGGGUGGUCCUCGAGUGUUCCAGCCCAGUGCUGAAUUCCAAAUACCCAUCAGCAAGGGUGGUCCUCAAGUGUUCCAGCCCACGUUCCGGUAUAGCCUAAAACACAACACUGUGAUCUACGGGGACUGGAGCUUCUUCUUCAAGCUGUACUCUUCUUAUGGGCUUCAGCUCUUUAAUGUGUACUUCGGGGGUGAGCGGAUCGCCUAUGAGAUUGGUGUGCAAGAGGUUAUGGCACUGUAUAGAGGACACACAGCUGAAGGAAGGGAGACCAAGUACGUGGAUGUGGGCUGGGGCCUAGGAGGUAUCACUCACCAGUUAACUCCAGGCAUUGACUGUCCCGACACAGCCACCUUCCUGGACGUCAUCCACUACUCUGACAGUGACAGCCCUGUCCUCUAUCAACGAGCCCUCUGUAUCUUUGAAGUGCCCAAAGGAGUCCCCCUUAGACGGCACUUCAACUCCAACUUCAGAAAUAGCUUCAGUUCCCAUGCCAGGCUAAAUGGACCCAUGCUGGUUCUGAGGACAACAUCGACAAUCCACAAUCAUGAUUACAUCUGGGACUUCAUAUUCCACCCCAAUGGCGUGAUGGAGGGCAAGAUGUAUGCCACUGAUUAUGUCCACGCCACUUUCUACACCUCAGAAGGGCUGGUCCACAGCACUCACCUGCACAGCCACCUACUUGGAAACAUCCACUCCCACCUCGCACAUUACCGAAUUGACCUGGAUGUGUCAGGUACCAAGAACAUAUUCCAGACACUGAGGAUGAGAGUGGAAAACAUCACCAGUCCCUGGACCCGGAGGAGCCAGCAGGUCAAGCCCAUACUUGACAAGACUCAGCACUUCUGGGAGCGCCAGGCAGCCUUCCACUUCAGACAGACUCUGCCCAAGUACCUGCUUUUUAGCAAUGCUGGGAAAAGUGUGCUAGGUCACAGUCGGAGCUACCGCCUGCAGAUCCCCUCUGUGGCUGAGCAAAUGCUGCCCCCAGGCUGGCAGAGCUCACCAGCUUUCACAUGGCCCAGGUACCAGCUGGCAGUGACGAAGUACCAGGAAGCCGAGCGAUUCCACAGCAGCCUGUACAACCAGAACCACCACCGGGCUUACCCUAUGGUCUUUGAGGACUUUGUUCACAACAAUGAAAACAUUAAAGAUGAGGACUUGGUGGCCUGGGUGACUGUGGGCCUCUCACACGACCUCCAACCUGAGGAUGGCCCCAACAUGGCGACACAAGAGAGCUCUGCAGGAUUCUUGCUCCAGCCAUGUGAUUUCUUCCAGGGCUUCCAGAGAUAUACAGCAUCUCCGACUCAUUACCAGUGUGUAUGCUGA